AUGAGCGGCAACGGCGGCUAUUACCCAAACGGGGAGUCCAGGGGCACUGGCAGAUACGACUCGUACUACGACAAAAACACGGACUCACGUGACAGCCGGGGCAGAGGUGGCUAUCGAGGAGGCAGGGGACACGGCCGUUAUGGGGCCAAUCUGCGGGGACGCGGAAAAGGCUUUGGCCGGCCCGACCACUCGUAUGGCGGCCGCCCGCUAUAUCGCGACGCCAAUCACAGGGGCGGCGACAGCCCUCGGGACGAUCCACGUGACCAUGGCCCCAGGGACUUUGCGCCGCGAGAGCACCCAUACCACCGGGACGGCCCGAGGGAUUUGCGCCGCGACGACCAGCGGGAAAUCCUGCGGCCAGACUCGUAUAGCGGGCGACGCGAAAACGACGACUUGCGCACGGGUGAGGCGAGGGAGCAUGCACGAAACCGGGACUCCUCGCCCGGCCGCACAAACGGGCAUCCACAACUUGAAGACCGGGGUCACGACCGCGCCGACAGAUCCACCGAGAGACCUGCCGAGAGACUCACCGAGAGACCGCAGUAUUCCGGCAUGCGCGGGCCGUCGAGGGGCAGUAAUUACGGCCAGAAAAGGACCAGCGACGCGGGCCACGGCUCUCACCGGACCAAUCCGUGGAUCACCUUGCUCAAGCUUGGCCAGGGGAAGACCGCAGCGAGGGUGGAGCUGAACUACAAGGAGAUCUCGAGGGUCAAUGACCGGCUAGCCGAGCUCCAGAGCGAGAAAGUCAAGCUCGCGUGCGCGUUGUCGACGCUCGAAGUGUAUGCCAAACGAGACGCGCUCAAUGUUGAGAUCUGCAGUGAAAAGCUCGACGAGUUCACUUACUUGUGA